CGGGUUACGUUUAACACUGAACGUGGAACAGUAUGAAUAUAUGUCCGGGCCAACUGAUGCUGCCGGUGUCAAAAUACUACUCCACGACAGCUCUGACGUACCACUGGUUAAAGACUUGGGUCUGGCCAUACCUCCCGGUUCGCAUGCAUUUUUAGGCUUGUUUAUGCUUAAGGUCAAAAACCUUCCACCUCCUUAUGGGCAGUGUGACGACAGCAUACCGCUGAAUUAUUUUGACCAUUAUACAAGUCACACGUGUUCUGUCGACCGCAAACUCCGCGCUAUGACGGACGUAUGUGGUUGUAUUGACAUAUCUAUGGAGUUCUCACCGCCAGUAAAACUCCCGAUAUGCAACUUAACCCAGUACAUCUCUUGUGUCGUGCCGUUACUAGAAACCUACCGCCGCGACACAAUGGAAUCCCCUUGCCCUGUCCCAUGUGACGAGCACAUCUAUGACCCAUCUGUAUCAUACGCAUCCAUUUCGAAUUUCCAAGUGGAAACUUUACUGAACGACAGAGAGGUGACAAAACUACAACGUCGCAACCAGAAUACUUUUAGGGCGGACAGUGAAACCAUUUUAAAAGUAAGCGGAGCAGCAGAUGCGAUACAGACAAUGUUGGAACAAAUGUCCAAGAUUUUACAACAUUUGCGCCAUGAGAUAGGUCAACUGCUAGCCACCAUUGCUCCGCGCGUCAACUUUCAAGAUGUCGCAUUACAUAAACUUUGGUAUUCUAUUCAUAACGGGUUUGUGCGAGGUUGGGAGGUAAUGGAAGAACGGACUUUUAGUCACGUGACGUCAGGAUAUCAGGAAACAUUGGGCGCUUUCGAAGAUUCGGCCAUCAGGUCAACUACAGCAACCCCGGAGCAGGAAAAAUGCUGUUUACGAACCGUUUUGUUCGAAAUUAUAGACAUGGAUCUCCUAAAAAAACAAUAUUUGGCACUAAGGGCCUUAGAUAAUAUAACUGCAGUACACGCCAGUUACACUAAUGGAACACCAAUUGUAAAUUAUAUUGUGACUAUGCCAGACGAGCGUUACGAUGACACUUUCAACAACCCAGAAAUGCUUCAAUACCAUCCUUAUAAACAGGAAUACUUGAUGUAUCUAUCGUCUGCUACACAAAGUUAUAUUGAUAGCAUCAUUGCUCUAAGGAAUUUAUCGAAAAAUGUACUAGAUAACAGGUAUUUUAAUAGGACCAGAUUCGAGGAAUACAAAGUUCAGAUUGCAAGAAAUGCAAGAGCAUUUAACUACCGCAAAUAUCUUCUGCAGGAUAGACUUGUUAAAAGGUCGGAAGACAUUGUGAACGAAAAACGCGAAAGGUUUAAUGACAGUGUCACAAAUUUAAUCAAAGUUCGUGACUCAUUGUACUUCCUUUUAAAAAUUGUGAAUAACAGUCUUGAAUCGAAGGCACUGGUUAGCUGGGCGGACGUACAUUCUCUGGUGAGAUAUGCAGAAGACUAUAUUUCCAACAGGUCGCUUACGAAGACGAAUGUAGCCAGCACAUUUUUAAAUGAGUCACAUGUUACCAGUUUCCAGGAAUUAAGAAAAGCUUUAAAUGGACUCCACUCCAGGUCACGUGACAUAACAGACAGUUUAGAAGUUUUCAGGAAAAAUUACAUUGCCGUUUGGAAAACGAUGCUGGAAGAAGGGUCAUUGCAGAAGUUCUACCAGAAACUUAACAGUGACGUAAUGUUGGUUAGUAGUCACAAUGUCACCAGCAGUGAGAGACAAAAAAUUCUUGAGCAUAUGGCACAUCUUCUCAAUACUACUCCAGAACGCGUCAACGCCCUGUCGCGAAAUCAUUCCGUCCUUCUGAGCCGUUUAAACGCAGACUUUUCAGAUAUAGGUUUAAACGAAACAUGUAGCAGACUGAACAGAAUAUUUAAGAACCUGCAAAGCCAGUCGGAUUUGUCUGGCGUUAUGGGAACUACAGAUAAACAAUUUCUGGACGCGUUUGUUGCAUUGAAGAAUCAGCUUGAAGAAUAUCUCAAGGGGAAUGAGAUAGAUGCAGCUUUCUUCAGAGAAAACUUCUUGCAGUUUGAUGUUUUCCUCAAAGAACUCCAGAUUGAAGAGAUCGAACAACAAAAGGCAUAUGACAUAAACAAGCUAUGGAGUGACAUUGGUGGAUCCCUUGGAUUAUUUGUUGGGGCCAGCUUUUUGACACUUUUUGAAAUAGCAGACAUGUUACUGCACACGGCACUGAGACGAAAACUGGUCAUAAAACCAAAAACACCGGCAGUACCUAAUGGAAUUGUAACUGGGCGCUUGCAAACAAUGAUUUGAGAAAAGCAAAGAACAAUUUAAA